CUCUCUCUCUCCUGUAGCUUCGUGAGUUCUGUAUAUAUGCCCAGUGUGCUAGGAUGACUGAGGAUACUCCUCGCAUUGAGGAGUGCAUUCGAUUGUUCAAUGGUAUCACCACAUGGGUAGUCUGUAACAUACUCAGGGAAUACACUAUACUCAAAAGAGCUGAUAUAAUUGAGAAAUUCAUUGACGCUACAAAGUAUCUUCAUGAGCUCCAUGGUUAUAAUGCUAUGCUGGCUGUUGUUGGAGGCCUCAAUCAUUUCUCAGUAAAGAGACUCCAACAGACCUGGAGCAAAGUGGAUAAGAACAAGAAAGAUGAGUUAGAGAAAUGGACUAAUUUCUUUUCAAUGGAUUUUAAUUACUCAACCUAUCGCAAGCAGCUUCAAGACCUCUCAGCAGAUGAAUUCCAGCAGCCAGCACUGGGCAUCCUAUUGAAGGAUCUUGUGGCUGUCAAUGGUCAGUCUAAAGACUACAGUGACAAAUCUGCUGGAUUGAUAAGCAUGUCUAAGUACAGGAAACUAUGGCAACAGUUGUCAAGGUUACACCAGUAUCAGGUGACUGCUCCUGCUCUUACUCCUGAUACUGAGAGGAUAAGUGUGUUCAGGGCAGCCAUUACUCAAAGUGAAAUGACUGACGAUGCACUGGAUGAACUAUCAAUGAUUCGUGAGCCUCCUGUAGCUGAUGGUAAAGGUGGUAGUCCUACAAGGAAGGAGAGUAAGCUCCCAAAGUUUGCUGACUGGGCCCAAGGGAACAUGCCACAGUUGGAUGCAGAUGCAGUCAAGAAGCAUGUGGCAAAGAUGGUUGAUUCUGUAUUCAGAGUAUAUGACAGAGACUCCUCAGGUUAUAUUAGCAUUGAUGAGUUUCAGUCCAUUUCGUCAAACUUUCCAUUCAUUGAGUCAUUCUCAGUACUAGACAGAGACAAAGAUGGUGUUAUCAGUAGAGAUGAGAUGAUGGAUUAUUUUCUUAGUGCCAAUACUUCACUGAGAGAGAGUUUCAAACACAAUUUUGUAGAGCACACGUUCAUUGGUACACAAUACUGCCAGCACUGCAAAGGAGUGUUAAAAGGUAUAGUCCGUCAAGGUGUUCGUUGUAAGGAUUGUGGUAUCAGUUGUCACAAACACUGUAAAGACUAUGUUGUGGUUGAUUGCAGCAAACACACCGAGAAGAAAAAGCGUGCAAGGCGUUAUACUGCAGUAGCCUCAACCAGCAAUGGUGAGUAUGAUGUGAAUGAUGAACUGUCACUGAAGGAAAGACUGAGGAGAGCUGAAUCAGCAAGAGAUGCACUAUCAGCAGAGAAUUCUGAGCUCCUUGGUAAACUGGCAGAGGCUAAUGCUAAGAUACAGCAAUUAAAUGGAUACAUUGCCACUAUACGUCAGCACACUAUUGGAUUCAUAUUGGAACAAAUGAACACACUACAACCACAAAUGGAUACUCCUGUCUAACCUUCUGACUAUUCACUAUUAAUUGUGUGUGUGUAUUUUUAAAAGUUAUCAUUAAUUUUUGUUGUUUUGAUCAUGAUUAUUAAUAUUACUUUUGCUCUAAGGGAAUUUAAUUUGUAA